GACGAAAAUGUGUUGUUUGUGUGUUUUAUUACGUGUUCUUGUGAAUGUAUAAUCUGAUCUGAAUGGUAAAUGGUUAAAUGUAUUGUGUACUUGGUAUUUCUCAGUAAAUAACUGGUUUGUUAAUUGAUGGUAGUAACUUACUAGGUUAGGUUUAAAAGUGAUGCAUACAUAGGUUGAGUAGAAGUAUUAGAUAUAAUUGCUGCAUUUGGUAUUGGGCUAUUUAACGAGUAUGUAUAACGUGCUUAUAUGAUAACGUUAGCAGAGUGGUAUAAAUAUAUAUAAUAUAAUAUAUAGGGAACAGUUUAGGAAUUUGGGCAGCACACUCCACUAAAAUAGCCAGGCAACAAGGAAGUGAUGAGGACCAGAAACUGAAAGUGCUCUUUGAGUCGAAGGCGUUGAUGAUAUCCUGAUGGAAAUGUGUGACCAUGAUGAAGCAAGAAGGAAGAUGAUGGAGACUUCCUACAGAAGAACAGUCAAAGCUGCUGACGAGACCAUCCAUUAAGUAAAGGAGCCCACGUCAUGAUGUGAAGGGGAAGUGAAGCGUUCUCCACCUUUCAUCGUCACACCUCCAUUCUGCAGAAUGAGGCCGUGCGUCGUGCUUCUCUUUGUCGUUUCUCUGCUGACGUUAUGUGAAGCACAAGGAACCAUUGAGACUCCUGUGUUUGUGCUGAAGGGACGUGAUCUGCUCCUGAAGCUUCAUGCUGAUCCUCCUGAGAAGUUUAUAUUUGUUGACUGGAAAAUCAAUAAAACAGUCGCUUUAGUAAGAUUUAGACCUAGUGGGGAACCAAAUGUCCUUCAUAAUGUCUCUGGAGGGCUUGAGUUUCCUGAGAGAUUCUCUGUGACAUUGAAGAAUCUACAAGAGGCCGACAGUGGAGUUUAUUCUGCUGCAGCUUUAACAUUUAAAGGAAACAAACCUCUAGCUGAAUACAAGGUCACAGUUCAAGGACCAGUGUCUCCAGUUGAACUGACCGUGGACCGAGUGGACUCCAACAGCUCAGAGUCAUGUGACCUCCAUGUGACCUGCAGGACUCACAACUCUCACAUCAACAGCACUUUCAGAUGUGUCGACCAGAACUGCAGUCAGGAGAGAGGAGAGCGACCAGAGGUCACGACCUCUGGGGCUUCUCUCCAGGUCUACUUGUUGAAGAGCACCAUCAUCUGUAACCAUAGCAACCAGGUUCACUGGACCAAAGACUUUAAUACUGCUGAACAUCUUUGCUCCUCAAAUACUGCUCCUCCCUUUCCCCUUGUCUGGGUGACUGCUAUAAUUCUCACUCCUGUUGUAGUUGUGGCUCUAAUCGUCUUGCUUUGUUAUCGUCGAAAGAGAAUAAUCUCAGAUUCAAGACAGAUCUUCAAUACAGUUUAUGAAGAUCCUCAGGAAGUAGCAUCAGCACCACCUCUCAAUCAGAACUCCACCUACAGCGUGGUGGGACUUAACGCUCAAUCGACUCAGCCGGAGAGCAUCUACGCUACAGUGAAGAAGCCUGGCAGGUCCUCCAUUAAUUAAAGAGGCAUGAUUUACCAAAUCCCAGAAUCAUGUUGUAAGUUUUCAGUGUGAUCGAAGCUUUCUAUGCGUUAGUUCAUUUUCACCCUGUCUCCACGGUUGUUUUGUGACUUCCUGUUUUAUUUUGGAAAUUAGCUCUCCUCUCAGGUUUCCUUGCCCUUCCUUGUGUGUCACCAGUCUGUUGGUCCCCCCUGGUUCCUGAUUGUGUUACCUGUUCCCACACUUCCCUUAUGUGCACUUGUAGUCUGCGUCUCCCCUUGUCCUGCACACCGUCACGUCCAGCCCAUAGUGUCCUCUGUCCCGAGUCCCGUUGCAGGCUCUUCGUAUUACUUCAGAGUAACCAGCUUUGGUACCUGGUUUGGUUCUUCAUGUCACCUUUCAUCUGAUCAUUUCCUAAAGAGUUGAUUUUCACUUUAGACUUUUAAGACCUCACCUGAUUGGUGAGAUUUAAGCCACAUGAUGCAGGAUGCUUCUGUUAUCUAUUUUUCUUUCUUCUGUUAUUUAUUGUUAUUUAUGUUCACAAAAUAUGUGAAACAACACAUUUUUCAUUUUUUUUCUAAAUGUUUUUCCAUAACAUAUUUAGUCAUCAUUCAGUGUUCCAAAUGUCCAAAUAUAAUAACGACACAUAUUGAUUCUUUGGUAAAAACUCAAACUCAUCUGAUCAUUUCCUAAAGAGCAACGAUUUACACUUUAGACGUUUAAGGCCUCACCAGAUUGGUGAGAUUUGAGCUACAUGAUGCAGGAUGCUUCUGUUCUAUAUUUUUAUUUUUUAGACAAAAAAAGCAUCUAAAUUCCUUUUAACUGUGAGGAAUAUGUGAAACGACAGGAAAUUUUAAAAGUUAUUUCAUUUGCAACGUGAAAACAGUGAUUUUGUGUAUAAUCAAUAUUAUUAUCAGCAUUUGUUUUAAAGGUAAACUAUGAAGUUUUCUUGUAAAGAAACAUGUUAAGUUAUUAAGUCUGCCAAAAAACAUCUUUGAGUUUUGAAUGUCUUUCCUUCACCAGGUAACAUCUGGAAAGCUGAAUUUAUAAAUACUGUAGCGAUCGGAGCGGCGGAUCGAGUUAGGCGGCGCUGGUAGGCGCAUUGCAUGAUGGGACAAUCCUUAGAUGCAUUUCUGUUAUGUUAAUGUUCUAGUGUUUAAGAUUAUGUGUGUUUUCUAGGGUCUGUUAUGUUGUGCUCAAAUGUUACUGUUUAAUGUUUUAAUUAAAUGUUUAAUGUUUUGUUACAGUUUAAUGUGUAGGAGUGUGGGCACCAUGACCCAACUUAGUAUGGCUGUGGGUGAAGUUCUUAGUUCAACGCCUUAAUAAAGUGUCUAUUUCCUGGGGUCGUGCGGUGUAUGAAACACAGGAAGGGCAGCAAAAUUAAUACCAGUCUCCUGUCUCGUUCAUCUGGCCAAGCUCGCCACAUUGGUGUCAGAAGUGGGAU